AACGGGCGACAACCGAACCUCCCGCCGCCGUCGCCGCCGCCGCGAGCACUGCCUGCGCACUUCCGGCUAUGCGCCAGGAGCACUUCCGGGGCAAAGCCUGAGAGCGCGCGCGCACGUGGGGCCAGGUCGGAGAGAGGUGAGCGCCGGGAAGGAGAGCGCGGGGCAGCUGGAAUGGGUGAAUUUAAGGUCCAUCGAGUACGUUUCUUUAAUUAUGUUCCAUCAGCAAUCCGCUGUGUGGCUUACAAUAACCAGUCAAACAGAUUGGCUGUUUCACGAACAGAUGGCACUGUAGAAAUUUAUAAUUUGUCAGCAAACUACUUUCAAGAGAAAUUUUUCCCAGGUCAUGAGUCUCGGGCUACAGAAGCUCUGUGUUGGGCAGAAGGACAGCGACUCUUUAGUGCUGGGCUCAAUGGCGAAAUUAUUGAAUAUGACUUACAGGCGUUAAACAUCAAGUAUGCUAUGGAUGCCUUUGGAGGACCUAUUUGGAGCAUGGCUGCCAGCCCCAGUGACUCUCAACUUUUGGUUGGCUGUGAAGAUGGAUCUGUGAAACUAUUUCAAAUUACCCCAGACAAAAUCCAGUUUGAAAGAAAUUUUGAUCGGCAGAAAAGUCGCAUCCUGAGUCUCAGCUGGCAUCCCUCUGGUACCCACAUUGCAGCUGGCUCCAUAGACUACAUUAGUGUGUUUGAUGUCAAAUCAGGCAGCGCUGUUCAUAAGAUGAUUGUGGACAGGCAAUAUAUGGGUGUGUCUAAGCGGAAGUGCAUCGUGUGGGGUGUUGCCUUCUUAUCAGAUGGCACUGUCAUAAGUGUGGACUCUGCUGGGAAGGUGCAGUUCUGGGACUCAGCCACUGGGACGCUAGUGAAGAGCCAUCUCAUCGCUAAUGCUGACGUGCAGUCCAUUGCCGUAGCCAACCAAGAAGACAGUUUUGUGGUGGGCACAGCCGAGGGCACAGUCUUCCAUUUUCAGCUGGUCCCUGUGACAUCUAACAGCAGUGAGAAGCAGUGGGUUCGGACCAAACCAUUCCAGCAUCACACUCAUGACGUGCGCACUGUGGCCCACAGCCCAACAUCGCUGAUAUCCGGAGGCACCGACACCCACUUAGUCAUUCGUCCUCUCAUGGAGAAGGUGGAGGUAAAGAAUUAUGAUGCCGCUCUCCGAAAAAUCACCUUUCCCCACCGACGUCUCAUUUCCUGUUCUAGAAAGAGGCACCUUCUCCUCUUCCAGUUUGCUCAUCACUUGGAACUUUGGAGACUGGGAUCCACAGUUGCAACAGGCAAGAAUGGGGAUACUCUUCCACUCUCUAAAAAUGCAGAUCAUUUACUGUAUCUCAAGACAAAGGGUCCUGAGAACAUUAUCUGCAGCUGUAUCUCCCCAUGUGGAAGUUGGAUAGCCUAUUCUACAGCUUCUCGGUUUUUUCUCUAUCGACUGAAUUAUGAACAUGACAACAUAAACCUCAAAAGGGUUUCCAAAAUGCCAGCAUUCCUUCGCUCUGCCCUUCAGAUUUUGUUUUCUGAGGAUUCUACAAAGCUCUUUGUAGCAUCAAAUCAAGGAGCUCUGCAUAUCGUUCAGCUGUCAGGAGGAAGCUUCAAGCACCUGCAUGCUUUCCAGCCUCAGUCAGGGACAGUGGAGGCCAUGUGUCUUUUGGCAGUCAGUCCAGAUGGGAAUUGGCUAGCCGCAUCAGGUACCAGUGCUGGAGUCCAUGUCUACAAUGUAAAACAGCUAAAGGUGAGGAUAGGGUUUCAUGGCAGCAGUUUGAAUCAUUGUACAGGAGGCAGUUUACCCUGCAGUGUUAGAAAUGCUGAUUGGUCAGGCUUGGAUAUGUGCCCACCCAUGGAUCAGCUGCAAUUGAAGGUUUGUAUAGAUACUUUCUGGUUAGGAAGGAGAAUGCCCUUCUGGUCUUCCUGGGUACCAGCCUGCAUUCCUCUGUGUCAUGUCCUUCCUCAGGUAUUUGAGUACAGCAUCCCAGACAAACACUAUACAGAUUGGAGCCGGACUGUCCAGAAGCACGGCUUUCACCACCUUUGGCUCCAAAGGGAUACUCCUAUCACACAUAUCAGUUUUCAUCCGAAGAGACCGAUGCACAUCCUUCUCCAUGAUGCCUACAUGUUCUGCAUCAUUGACAAGUCAUUGCCCCUUCCAAAUGACAAAACCUUACUCUACAAUCCGUUUCCUCCCACGAAUGAAUCAGAUGUCCAGAGGCGCACAGCUCAUGCUUUUAAAAUUUCUAAGAUAUAUAAGCCUCUACUCUUCAUGGAUCUUUUGGAUGAAAGAACACUCGUGGCAGUAGAACGGCCUCUGGAUGACAUCAUUGCUCAGCUCCCACCACCCAUCAAAAAGAAGAAAUUCGGAACCUAAACAGGGCACUCUCUGUGUCCUUCCUUGAACUGUCUACCCUGUUGCUUUUCACAAAUCAUGAUAAUAAAACAAAAUUAUUCUUGAG